AUGGAUGCGGACCAAGCAAGGCUAGAAGCCAUCCGUGCUGAUGAAAUACGCAACGAGGACCUGACACCGAGGAAGCGGGGAUACACAUACUUUGGUGCCCCUGUCGUGCCGGCUUCUGCAAAUACGACAUCCAAGGUGAGAGGGGAGGGAGACGCUCAAGAGCAGCUCGAGAGGGGUGUUGGAACAGGACAGAGCGGCGGGCUGCGAGUACGUGAAGCUCUCUCAAGUACCCAGAUGCGACCCUCGGAUCGGGCCCCCGCUUCAGUUCGUGGAAAUUUGAUACAGGGAAUGCCGAGAAGGCAUGCGCCUCUACCACAACCUACCUACGAGGAGGGCUAUAAAGGCUAUAAGGAGGAAAUGGAAGUUCGUGGUGCAAGAACUCGCACAUAUGAUGAGCAACAGGCACAGCUUUUGGAGGAGGAUGGUAAUGAUGUCGAUGACUUCGAUGACUUCGACGAAGCAGCCGCGCGGAACUCGCAAGCAGCGGAAUACGAGGGCAAGGAUGAUGAUUAUGACGAUUAGUAGACGGACCAUGAGUGUGAAGGCAUCGAGA